AUGCUUGCCUGUUUACCCCGCAGGGACACCGAAAUUGAUUUCUCAACGUAUGUGAAUCAGGCACGCCUGUUCCUCGCUGGCGAGCGCGAUUACCGCGCGAUCGAUCCUAUCGGCGGCUCGGGGCCAUGCGUGUAUCCAGCUGGUCACCUGUACAUCUAUGCGCUGCUUGAUAAGGUCAGUGCACACGCUGCCCAUCUGCUUCCUGCGCAAGUCGUCUUUGGCGCCGUGUACCUUGUUACCCUGGUCGUCAUCUCGCACUUGUACCGCAUGGCCGGCGCACCACCAAUCUUGAUCCCCAUGCUGGCCCUGUCCAAACGCCUUCACUCUAUCUUUGUCUUACGGCUGUUCAACGAUCCUAUUGCGAUGCUCUUCAUGUACAUCGCUACGUGGUUUCUAUGUCGACGGCGAUGGUCCAUGGCCUGCGUGGUAUACUCCCUGGCUCUCUCUAUCAAAAUGAACGUCCUUCUGUUCCUCCCUGGGCUCUUGGUCAUCCUUUUCCGCGCAUGGGGGGCUGUACGUACGAUAGGAUCCCUGGCGGGACUCAUUGUCCUACCCCAGCUCCUUCUCGGUGGGCCGUUCCUGGCCUCGUACCCAGCUUCGUACCUAUCCCAGGCGUUCGACUUUUCGCGUGUCUUUCUUUACGAAUGGACAGUCAAUUGGCGCUUCCUUGAUGAGAAGGUGUUUGUAAGCCCCAAGUUCUCCCGCACUUUGUUAGGAGCACAUGCCCUGUGCCUUCUUGCCUUCGGUCUGUUCCGUUGGACACAACUUGGUACACAGGGUGUGUCAUGGAUCAAAGUGCGAUGGCAUGGGGAUCGCACACCGAUGUCGGCUCAGUAUAUACUGCUUACAUUGUGGACAAGCAACUUGAUCGGCAUGAUCUGUGCUCGUAGUCUGCACUACCAAUUCUACAGCUGGUACGCACACCAGCUGCCCUUGCUGGUAUGGUCCUCACGCCUGCCGGCAGCCCUGAGUGUCGUGCUCCUUGUUCUCAUCGAAGCUGCAUGGAACACAUUCCCAUCGACGCCUGCAUCGUCAUUAGGACUGCUGUUGGCACAUCUACUUCUGCUUAUGGGAAUAUGGACAAGGCGCCAGCAUGCGCCGAUGCAUGUAGAAUAA